AUGAAGGCUCCCUCCAUCCUCCUUGUCCUCCUUGUUGCUCUCCUGGCUUCAGGAUCUGGUCUGGAGUGCGAGGUCUGCUUUGGCUCGGGCACAAGCUGUACGGGCACAGCAGUAACCUGCCCCGAUGCGGCUAACCAGUGCAGCAACAUCAUGACCCAGUUUAACUGGGCUGACAUCAAGAUGCUCAGCAUCAGCCGUGGGUGCAUGCCCUCGGGGAAGUGUGGCUAUGGCCCUGCCCAGGUCAAGAUGGGCGACUCCCUGGAGGUGAUGACUAGCAUCUCCUGCUGCCCUGAGGAUGACUGCAUGCCCACAGUGCCGACAUUCGAACCCACAGACAACACCCCAAAUGGCCGAUAUUGCCCCUCCUGCUUCGCCCUCUACUCUGCCCAGUGUGGUGACGAUGAAGUGGACUGCACAGGCAGUGAGGACCAGUGCAUGGACAUGCUUGGGAUCAUGAACAGCAGUUCUGGCACAUCCCUCCUCACCAUGAAGGGCUGCGUGACUGAAUCUGCCUGCCAGAUUCUGGAUGCCAGCAGAUCCAGCCUGGCAGGGAUAGGCAUCUACAUCAACCAGCUCAAGUGCGUCCCAGCCUCUGGUGCAACCAUCGUGGCCCCAGGACCAGCCAGGCUCCUGUUCCCAGCCCUGGCUGGGCUGCUCUUGGCAAAGCUCCUCUCCUGA